AUGGCCACAUCGUCUAAAGAAGAGACUCGCGACAGUUUCACCGAGAAACUGAUCAACCACGUUAAUUCAGGUUUUAUUAGUGUAGGUAUAGCCAUCGGUUCCACUACGGGUUUGAUUGAAACGAUGUCGAACAUGAAGGAACCUAAAACAUCCGAAGAGAUUGCUACUACCACUGGCUUGAAAGAACGGUAUGUCAGAGAAUGGCUUGCUCUAAUGACAACAGGGAAAAUAGUAGAGUUGAAUGAAGAUAAUGAUACUUUCUAUUUACCGGAGCACCGUGCCGAAGCACUACGAGUCAAAGAAGGUGAAAUAAGCAUGGGAAUGAUGGCGCAAGCGUUACCACUACUUUGUGGCCCUUAUGAGGAAUUGGUUAGCUGCUUCAAGAAAGAUGGCCCGGGAGGUGUACCAUAUUCAAGUUUUUCCGGGUUCUGUACCUAUGCAGAUGAGCUAUCUCGCACCAGAUUUUUAAAACUACCAAGGUUUUUCAAUGAAACUGAGAAAGUGAAAUGUUUAUUGGAUUCUGGAGCUAAAGUUGUUGACAUUGGGUGCGGAAGUGGUAUUGUAUUAAACAGACUAGGACCUCAGUUUCCAAAGAGUGAGUUUCAUGGAGUGGACUUCUCAUCUGAGGCCGUGACAAAAGCGCGUGAUGAUGCGGAAAAGAUGGGCGCAACGAAUGUAUUAUUUCACGAAUAUGAUGCUGCCAAACUUCCCGCCGAUUGGUUGAAUUCGUUCGAUUACGUAAUCGCUAUGGAAUCAAUUCAUGACCAAGCAUACCCAGAUGUUGUGCUUAACGAGAUAUCUCGUAUCCUGAAACCGGAAGGUUACUUUUCCAUGGUGGAUGUGUUGGCGUCUUCUAAACUUGCUGAUAACAUAUCGAAUCCUGUAUCACCUAUGUUCUAUGCAUGGAGCCUAAUGCAUUGUAUGACUGUGUCGUUGCAUUUCAAGAAUGGUGCGGGUUUGGGGGCAAUGUGGGGCAAGCAAACGGCUAUGAAGAUGUUAACAUCAGCUGGUCUGGAGUACGUGUUAGUGGAAGAGUCUCCAGGCGAUCCAGAAUAUUACCAUUACUUAUACAAAAAAUCAGCAUCAAAUUAA